CCUGAGUACCCCAUUGAGAUUAUUAUGUUCUUUAACUACCCCAUGCAGCAGCAUUACAGACUACUUGCUAUGGCACGAGCCGGAAAACGGGCGCUAUGCGGCUAUAAUUACACGGGCCGCUGGUAUAAUAGUGGAGUGCCUCAGGGAAGAAUGUGAUGCCCAGGAUUGAGACACUGGGGUGGAAAUGUCCAAGUGACAAAAUGCAAACGCGGGAGAGUUUUUCUCCUUUCUUCCUUGGUCCAUUUUACAAAUCCAUGAUCCCCGAGGUCAGGGUUUGGCUUGUAUGUGAGAGAACAAGCCUGCGCUUUUAACCCGAGCAUGUGUUUUCCUGCUUAAGAUUACGUCUCACAAGCACUUCUUUUGGACACUGGACGAACUGUCGCAUUCUUUUUUUUUGCUUAUUAUCGAAAUCGUUUGGUGUGAGUGUUUGGGGAAGAUGAAGUUGACCAGUUUCCUUGUUUGUCUCACGCUUGGGCUGUCAGUGGCAGCCCAGGAGUCUCCAGAGUGCGCGACACAAUGCCUCCAGGAAAGUCUUGCGGCGCAGUCCAAAUGCUCGCCCACAGACGUUGACUGCAUUUGCGCCGAUGAAGCCUUAAGUGCAACAAUACAAGGUUGCGUGCUACAACGUUGUACUGUAAUCAAUGCUUUGGCUGCUCAAAAUGCGACGAAAACCAUGUGCGGCGCUCCGGUGCGCGACAUCACAUCGAUAACGCCCAUCAUAUCUGGUGUAUCAGGAGGCCUAGCUCUGAUAGCUGUCAUCAUUCGCUCGUGGAUUGCGGGAUCCAACUUCGGAUUUGACGACGGUUGCUGUGUGGCUGCUCUUAUACUUGCGAUACCAAUGGCUGUACUUGAAUUCCUCAUGUCAGACUUGGGAUUCGGGAAAGAUAUUUGGACAUUAGAGCCAAAGAAUAUCUAUCUGAUCGUCCAGUACACGUGGUUGACUGAGAUUUUUUGGUUUCUCGCUAUCGGUUUCACAAAACUAUCCUUCCUGUUUAUGUACCUCCGGGUCUUUCCUAAGCAAAAACUUCGUAAAGUCAUUUACGGAUUCAUGGGACUGAUUGGGUUGCAUACCCUCAUAUUCACCGUAAUCAUUUCCGUUAACUGCUUACCCGUAACCUACAUCUGGGAAUCUUGGGACGGUGAGCACACGGGCAAGUGCAUCAACUUAAAUGUUUUUGUAUGGUCCCACGCUAUAAUUGACAUUGUCUUCGAUGUUACCAUCUUCGCGCUCCCAAUCCCUGAGCUCAUCAGAUUAAACAUGAGCCUCAAAAAGCGGAUAAUGAUCGUAGCCAUGUUCAGUGUGGGUGGCGUUGGUACCAUCAUUUCGAUCUUAAGACUCCAAGCCCUCGUCUCCUUCGCCAACUCCACAAACCCAACAUAUGAUAAUUGCCCCACAGCGUACUGGUCCGUGUUAGUCUGCUUCGUCGGCAUCUUUUGCUGUUGUAUGCCAGCUUUGCGGCGCCUCCUCGCCAAACUCUUCCCCACCUGUUUCCUCUCCACCAGGCAAGACUCCAAGUACUCACCCUACAAUGACGAGCACACACCCAAUGCGCGCCUCUCCAGCAACCCCCUCUCCAAUGGGAGGAAAUCACAAAGAGCUGGGUUGGGCAGUGCGCUUGGGUUUGGCGGCAUCACGAAAACGAUUGAUACCAAGGUUACGAUGACCGGGGCUGAGGACGACGAGCAGGAGCUUGUAGACAUGGGAAAGAAGGGGGGGUGGGGCAACAGCGGGGGAGGAGCUUGGAACGCGACACAUACGAGUGGAAAGAGCGAUAGUGGAAGUGGGGAUAAUGUUGCGGUCGGAGAUAGUGCUCGUAGAAUGUAAGAUUGCGAGCACCAUUCACUACGUGAAUUCGAAGGGAGUUUUGUUGUUUUUG